GCUUCCCGCUUGUUAACAUUUGUUUCAACCUCCGUUUACAAUUCCGAUGUUCCGUUAAUGCACUAUAUAUGUAAUACACUAACUUACUUGCCGGAAAAAAACAAAAGGAGUGAGAUAUGUAUAGAAAGAGAAGGCCAAAUUGUUACUUUUGGGCAGUUAAGGGAGAGAAAAGAGAAUAGAGAGAAGAGAGAAGAGAGAUCGAAGGCACGUGCAGAUAAUUAAUGGCUGAUCAAUUGCUCCGACAAGCGAUCGAAACUGACGAUAUUACUGGUUUGGAACCAUUGCUUAAAGAAUACUUGUCACAAGAUGGUGCAGAUCUCUGGGAGAAGAAUCCUCUACUUAUGGCAUUUCACGGAGGGAGCGUCAACUGUGCAAAGGAGAUAGUCCGAUUGAAACCGGAACUCGCUUGGCAGAAAAACCCGGAUGGCUCCGGUGCUACUGUCAUACACUUCAUUUGUGGUGCUGCGACCGAUGCUGCGAUUGUGAAGGCUGUGGUGGAGGCUGAUACUUAUCGAAUGAUCUGUACGAACAGAGACAAUCAAUUUGCAACCCCUUUUCAUACUGCGGCAAUUAACGGCAAAACAGAUGUUCUGAGUUUAUUGGUUACUCUUUGUCCGCGGUGCAUUGAGAAUAUGACUUCUCACCAAGAGACCGCUCUUCACCUCGCCUCAAAGAAUAACCAUUGUGACUCGUUUUUAUUGCUGGUGGAAGAACUUGAGAGGCACGGCCGCAUGGACCUUCUAAAACGCGAGGAUAACGAGGGCAACACUGUUUUACAUUAUGCAACUCCCCGUAAACAAAUACAGAUUCUAAAGGUGUUGCUGCCUGACAAGUCCACAAAUGCUGUUCCUUUGGUGGAAGUAAACUCCAGAAAUAAAGAUGGAUUCACGGCGUUGGACCUUCAUUACCAAAAUCCUGGUGAUAGGAAUGACAAGGAUAUCGGUGACAUUCUUCAUCAAGCUGGAGCCAAGGAGGGCAAAUAUUUGAAUUCCAGCCGUGGAGAACAACCAUCUUCUUCGCAGUCACUGCCACCCGGGGUUCCAGGGACAUCGGAAGGCAUGUCCUGGAUGAUGAAAUUUGCGGCGAUGGGGGUUUUCAUUACAAUUGCAGGGGCUGCAUUUGCUAGUCUCCCCAAUUUAAACAGCGUCUAUUCAUUACGAUUACAUAAGCAAACCUCAAUGACCAGUGCUAAAGACCUGAUAAUGGCACCUAUGCUACUGCCCAGUAUCUUCGCCUACAUGGUUUUCAACACGGCCACAUUUAUGGCGAGUAUGAUUGUGAUACUGGUUAUAAUCUGCUCAUUCAAAUGGUCAUUUUAUUAUAGAGCAAUUUCCUUUUUCAUUAUGGGGGCAUUUUCAGUUUCUUAUGCUUUUCUAGCCAAAGAGGUCAUGCCAAAAUUUUGGAUAUCAGUUGCCUCCCACGAGAUCUCAAGCUUCUGGUUCGUGUGGUUAUACGAUACCUUUCUAGCUUGCACUGUAGUUACAGUAUGUCUUAUGGGAAAACUGAUUCAUUAUAUAUUUUUCAAGCUCUUGAAAAGGCGGUGGCGGGGGAGGGGUUGUCCAAUAACCAGGAUAAGAAUCUGUGUGUAAGUGGCUAACAUGAGAGAGAAAAAGAUCAUUUUGCUGUGCAAAUUCUUUAGUUGUUUUUGAAUAAAACUAGUUAGAAUUUUAUUCUGAGCGCAUAAAUGUUUAUAACAGUGAGCCCUCUUAGAAUGUUGUACUAUCAGCUUGAAAUGGCAUACAUGGUAAGACCAGUUUUGAAAGCAGGAAGUAGUCUUGCCUCCAAUUGAGGAGCUCGAUCAAUUGUAUCAUCAUAAGAGAACAAUAAAAGUUCGUGUAUAUCUUGUUCUUCACCAAUAUUCAAUUAAUCAACCGAAACUUAUUUAUGCUUUCUGAUACUGCUCUUGCACUCUAAGGCUUUUUAUUAUUAUUAUUUUUAUUAUUGAUGGAAUCGAAGUAGAAGAAAAUAAACAGAGGGAUAAAAAAAAUUAUGUUUGCCUUACAAUUGAAGAAAGAAAAGAAACACAGAGGGAUAUUUUUAAUCGUAAGGCAAACAAAAAAAAAAAAAAAAAAAAAAA